CCCCCGCCUACGUCACCAGCAAGGGGUGCCCCCCCUCCUGAAGUCUAGGGAUUCCCCAACUGCCCGGGCCCCCCUGGCCAGCACUGACCUGUGGCCCUGAUCCCCCCCAAGUGCUGGCCCCUGCCUUUGCCCCCCCAAUCCCAGGUGCUUACCCCGACCCCACCAGCCUUGGUCGCUGACCCCAGCCCCUGACACCACCAUGGCGCAGUACAAGGGGGCCGCGAGCGAGGCCGGCCGAGCCCUGCAGCUGAUGAAGAAGCGUGAGCGGCAGCGGGAGCACAUGGAGCAGAUGAGGCAGCGCAUUGCUGAGGAGAACAUCAUGAAGUCGAACAUUGAUAAGAAGUUCUCGGCUCACUAUGAUGCGGUGGAGGCUGAGCUCAAAUCCAGCACUGUGGGGCUGGUGACACUGAACGACAUGAAGGCAAAGCAGGAGGCGCUGGUGAAGGAGCGGGAGCGGCAGCUGGCCAAGAGGGAGCAGUGCAAGGAGCUGCAGCUGAAGCUGGAGCGGUUGCGGGAGCGAGCGCUGAAGCAGGAGCAGAAGCGGCAGAUCUCCAGCCUCAGCUUCUCCCUGGAAGAGGAGGAAGAGGAGGAGGAGGAGGAGGUGGAGGAGGUGGGGGGUGAGGAAGGCACUGGUUCUCCCCCUGAUGAUGACCCCGACAAAGAUGAGCAGCCACCUAAGAGACGGAAACUGGGGAAGAACCCAGAUGUGGACACCAGCUUCCUCCCAGAUCGGGACCGUGAGGAGGAAGAGAACCGACUGCGUGAGGAGCUGCGCCAGGAGUGGGAGGCCAAGCAGGAAAAGAUCAAGAAUGAGGAGAUUGAGAUCACUUUCAGCUACUGGGAUGGUUCUGGCCACCGGCGCACGGUCAAGAUGAAGAAGGGGAACACAAUCCAGCAGUUCCUGCAGAAGGCACUGGAGAUUCUCCGCAAGGACUUCAGCGAGCUUCGGUCAGCUGGGGUGGAGCAGCUCAUGUACAUCAAGGAGGACCUCAUCAUCCCCCAUCAUCACAGCUUCUAUGACUUCAUUGUCACCAAAGCCCGAGGCAAGAGCGGGCCCCUGUUCAACUUUGAUGUCCAUGAGGAUGUGCGGCUGCUGAGUGAUGCCACUGUGGAGAAGGAUGAGUCACAUGCAGGGAAGGUGGUGCUGCGCAGCUGGUAUGAGAAGAACAAGCACAUCUUCCCAGCCAGCCGCUGGGAGCCAUAUGACCCUGAGAAGAAGUGGGACAAGUAUACGAUCCGGUGAGGAGCUAACCCCUGACCAGCUGGCUCCCCUUCCCCCCACUUCCCCUGCCCAGUUCUUGCUAAGGAGAGGGCACUAAUGAAGCUGUUGCCCCCCCUUGCCAUUUUAAUUCUGUCUCUUUGGACUGUCCCUGAAAUAAAUGACCUGUCUCUUG